GUGAACGCGAAAACAAACGCGCGUUACAAUAAUAAACCUACACUAAAUAGUAUGAAAUGCUGAAUAAAAAGUGUUAAAAACCAGUGUCUAAAAACCCAAAAAUUUCGCAUAUUUUCGAGUAACUAAAAUGAAAACAAAAGUGAACUUUGCCGGUGAUUAAUUACGAAAUGCAAUCCUAAAACCAGUGCUGCAAGAUUUCCUUGCUUAAGCGAUAGAAAAUUAAAAAAACAGGAGGAUAUAUACCAGAGUAAAUUUUGAAACAACCAUAAAGUUUCAAAUCGAUUUAAGUCGUUUUAGGCGGCUUACCUAAAAUUUAAAACUGGCUAAACGCGUACCAAGGAAAAUAGAUGCGUUAUGAUGAAUUUGUAAAACAAAGAGGUUCCUACUGUUUCGAAGCAAGAAGGUUACUUUCGUGAUAACAAAAAAAAUACUGUUUACCACAGAGUAACAAACCGAGGAGUUUCACAGAGUUACACACCAAGGAGUUUCUAUACAAGAAAUAAAAGGUCCAGAGCCGGGCAACCAUAGUUUAGUAGCAAGGAGGUUUUGUCGGAGGUUGUAUAUUAUUAUAUCGCAUUCCGCCCCCGGCGGUCGGCCAAUGGGGUGUCGGGUGCCGCCCCCUCGCGGCGCUCUGCCGCAAUUCUGUGCGAUACUGCUCGUCCUGAACGCGGAGCUGACCGCGUCCCGGCGCACGGAGCCGAACUUCGGGAGGACAAUCGGGCGUCUCACUCAGUACGCGCAUGGCAUCCGCGGCACUGUGUACGCCGUGGACGAGAGCACCGUUUUCGUGCGGGGGUUCGCCUACGACGGCACGGCUCCUGAUGCCUUCUUCUGGGUCGGCGACACGCAGCAGCCGUCGCCGGAGGGCACGCUGGUGCCGUACCCGGAGGACUACACCACUCGUGACCCCCCCGUCCUGACAGCUCACACCAACUCGGACAUCCUGCUAAGAUUGCCGGGGGGAAAGAGGCUUCGGGACAUCAAAUGGAUAAGCGUAUGGUGCAGGCGUUUCACGGUGAACUUCGGCGAGGUGUCCAUCCCACCGUCGCUGGAUCCCCCGCGACCGAGGGUGCUUCCGGAGUUCAAGCGCCUGGCGCACGGACUUCGCUCCGGAAACAUCAGUGUACUGGAUGCCAAGACCUUCUACAUCCCGAACCUGCACUACGACGGCGCGGGCCCCGACGCGUAUUUCUGGGUUGGCAAUGGGAGCGAACCUAACCCCUUUGGGACCAAAGUCCCAAACGAGAUGAACUCCCUCAAUCCACUCCGAGGUUAUCAAGGCGAGGACAUCGAGAUAGUCCUGCCCGGCAAGUUGACGGCUUACGACGUGGACUGGCUGGCUGUCUGGUGCGUGGAGUACCGGCACAACUUCGGCCAUGUCUACAUACCCAAGGAUCUGGACGUGCCACCAGCUUUGGGCCAAACGAAGAUCACUCCCGCUUGGUGGUAUAACCCGACCAGUUCAACAACCUCGCAGACUCCUUUCAGUGCAGCUAAUAACUGUAAGGAAAUCCUGGAUAAGCGGCUACAGGUCCGAUGGGAAAUACAGGGUGACCAUGUGCAAGUGACGCUGUCAGCCCGUCUGCGCAAGGAACAGUACAUGGCAUUUGGAUUGUCCGGUGCGGAGGGAAGGCCCGCCAUGCUCGGUGCAGACGUCGUCGUCGCUUAUUGGGAUAGCCGAACAAACCAACCACGUGUGUCAGACUACACCAUAACCCACUUGGCCCAGUGUGACGGAGAAUUGGGAGUAUGUCCGGAUUCCAGACUUGGUGGAAGUAACGACGCAGUAGUUGUAUCCGGCAGCCAAAAAGGUGGUGUAACAACCAUUACCUAUCGGCGUCCUCUCGCAGCAUCAGAACCAAUCAAGGACCGGGAAAUUCUUACGACGCGAGCUCAGUCCGUAAUCGCCGCGUUUGGUCCUCUCAACGCCAGAUACGAAGCUAAUGCACAUUCGUUUAUGGAUACCACCAGGAGUGAUGUCCAGCUUGAUUUUGGUGCUCAGAACGACAAUAACUGCAUUGGCCUGGCCGAGCUGGACGCAGGUGGUCCGGAACCAUGGCCGCCACGCGUAUUGGUUGGCGUUAGCAACUUUACCGCUCGCAUCGGCCCCGCUGGAGGCAAACGAGGGUACACUCCUAUCACUGACAAUGAGAUUUCUAGUGGAUUUCUUACCUACGGUCAUCCAUCUUGGGGGAUCGCGUGGUACAUUAACGAUCUACUGAUUCCCGAAAUCUACGUGGAACGCGGCAAAUCGUACAUAUUCCUGGUGGAAGGCGGAGACGACAGGACCAACCCAGCCAAAUUUCAUCCGUUCUACAUAAGCGAUUCAUCGGAGGGUGGGUUCGGUCAAAAGAAAGAAGAGGAUCAGAGGAAACAGCGAGUGUUUGCCGGAGUGGCCUACGACAAUGAGGGGUACCCCUACCCAACUACUGUUGGACGCUACUGUGAGUGGAUCCACAAAACGACCGAUCAGUCGGCGACGUCCAAGACCUUUGAGGACUACAUGCAGACGUUACAGCUGGAAUGCAGUGAUGGAGAACCAGCUGUUCUGAACUGGACGGUGGCUCAUGAGACACCGGACCUGGUGUACUAUCAGUGCUAUACACACAACAACCUCGGUUGGAAGAUUCACGUAGUAGAUCCCGGGACACAAAUUAACAUCCCCGGCGAUAGAAGUGCAAUCAUAAACUUGGCGCCAUUUUCGCCGCCAUCUUACUUCACAGUGACAGCAACACUUGUAAUUUUGCUCGCCUUUACGACGUAAGAACGUUCGAAAACCCACAGCGAGCUCUGCUUGGAACAAA